AUGUCGAAUGCCACGUAUCGGUUCGAGUUGGCCAAAACCGGCCGCGCAAAGUGCCAGGCUUGCAAAGAUGCCGGGCCUAAGAUUGAGAAGGGUGAGCUCAGACUGGGCACACUGGUGAACAUCCAGGACCACUUCACCUGGAAAUGGAAACAUUGGGGCUGUGUUACACCUGCUCAGGUCAAAAACUUCCAAGACCAAGUCGGCCCGUUAGAAGACCUUGAUCUUGACGAGGACUUGCCAGCAAUUCUGGAUGGCUAUGAUGAAUUGCCCCCGGAAGCACAGGAGAAGAUCAAGUUUGCAUUACAGCACGGUCACGUUGCCGAUGAAGAUUGGAAGGGCGACCCCGAACUAAAUCGGCCAGGCCAGAAGGGCAUCCGCAAACGCACUCCAAAGAAGAAAAAGAACGAUGCUGAAGGAGACGGCGAGGCGGGCGCGGAUGCAGAGGAAACACCCAGCAAGCCCAAAGCGAAGAGGACUGGCACAAAGAAAGCCAAGGCGGGACCGGAGCAGGACGAAGAUGACCUUGCACUUUCACCGCCACCAAAGAAGAAACAGAGAAGCCGCAAAGGGAAGACCGAGGAUGACGAGGAAGAUUCCGAGCCGGCCCCACCUCCCAAGACAUCUGGGACCCGGAAGCGGAAGGCUGCUGACGAGAACAUCGAAGCGGCGGAGGUUCCAAAAGUGAAGAAGUCCCGAGCCAAAAAGGUCAAAGCAAAGGAGCACGAGGCAGCGGAGGACUCGGACCAAGCAUUGAACGAACCCAAGGCCAAGUCUAGCAGAAAGACGACAAACCCACCAGCAGCUGGCGACAGCGAAGAGGACGCCCCCAGACUUGAGGCGCAAACUGAUGGGCCGAGUGACGCUCCUAUUGUCAAACCUGCAGUCAAGGCGAAGAGAGGAAGACCAACUAAAGCGAAGCAAGAAAGCGCUGACGAGGGCGACCUACCUUUGCCAUCGAAGUCGAAGAAGACAAAGAAAGUCAAGGUUAAGCAUGAGGAUGAAGGAGAGGAUGUCCUUGCGCAGGAGCCACCUUCGGUCACUGCGGAUCUCGACGACGCCGACCUGGAAGAGCCGCAACAGAAGCCAAAGAAAGUCGUCAAGCGAGCCACCGGCAAAGGCAGAGCAAAAAGAAACGCAGCCUAG